UCCGAGCGUCAUAUGGUGUGCUUUAAAUGUAUGUACUAAUCCAUGAACAGUCUGGACACCAGCUCACCUGCACCCAGCUGUCACAUUAAGUCCAAAUGGCGUUUUAAUUUUAAGUAGGCUCGUCAACAGACAAUGCCCCAAUUUGCUAUGUUGUGUAAAAUCUCCUUUCUGAAGCACUAUGCUGGAAAGCCUUUCGCGUUUUUGGUCAAUUUUGGUGCGGAGAAGUUUGUCCCUCGUGCCCACCUGUAUCCAGUAAAUGCGUUUUGGUUUGAAGUGAGAAACUCUGGAAUCGGUGUUUUGCAGCGUGACAGUUGAAUACUGCCUGAGCCACACGGAACCCCAUAACAAGUCCAAAUAGGCCUAUCACUACCGAUGCCAGCUCUUAGGUUUUGGAACAAGAUGUAGACUAAUGUGUCUAAAGAGGAGAACUGUGGGAUAACUUGGAAGACUACACGUGGCGCGUAUCGAUUUUCGCAACAUUACUGCUUAAGGUGCAAGGCAGACUAUGUCUGUAAAAAGAGUUCAAACCUGGGAAUUAUCAGAUUCCGAAUCGGAGAGUGAUUCGGAAGGUAAUCCUAAACGCGCAUACACGCACGUGUCUGUAAAAGAUGGUAACACUUUGAGUGUCCCUCAAAUUACCGAAGCUAGGUUGGGUCAUGGGAUGCGAUCUGACGCAAUCAUAGUACUUGAAGAAGAUGCAAAAGAUGCACUUAAACCUUCGAAACGAACUGAAACAAACACCCCGAGUCCUGGAAAGAAACGACGCAGUCGCGACGAGGUCGAUACUGAUCGUGCCAGAGCAGAGGAGAAAAAGGCAGAGAGAGAAAGAGCUAAAAAGGAAAGAGAGAAAAAGAAGGAGGAGAAAAAACAGGAACAGCAGCAGAGAAAAGAGGCUGCAGAGCGACUCAAAAGUUACCGACCUGAAAAUUAUGUAAAGUGCCUAACAGUGCGGAUCCAUCCAGUUUUACUGCAGGAUGGGAACUCUGAUGUGCUGUCCGAGACACUCUCAGAACUAGAAUGGAAGAGUUGUAUAGAGCCUCAUUCUCUGACUCAUAGCAUCACCUGGAAAAGAAGCGUACCCCAGGAGGAGGCAGAGGAUGGAGAGGUCGAGGAGGAGCAGGUGCUGAUGGUGAUCUCUCUGUAUGAGUUCAUGGACGUAGUGCAGUCAGUCAAGCAGGUUUUGAAAGGUGACUCCAGCCGGCAUGAGAAGUCAGGUCUUCUGGCUGCACUGUCAGACCACCUGAACACACACACAGAGUCGGUUGUGACCAUGUUGGUGAUGGGCUCUGGUCAGCAUCGCAAACGGGGUUCAUGGUAUCAUUCUCACGGUGACCUGCGUUCUCAGUUGGGCAUGCAGGAUGUGGAAAUUGAAGAGGUGUUGGUGUACCUAGAGCUCUAUAAGAGUGUGUGUGUCCACUUUCUGUACAACUGGAAGGAAGUCACAGACCAAGUGUGCACCUACACAAAGGCUCUGUCCAAGCGCCCCUUCAAAGCCCUGUCCGAGUGCACAGAGCUGGGCUUCUGUGUGGACGGCUCGUGGGCGGGGGGCACUCGUGUGGAGCGGGACGGAAAGGGGCUGGCCGAGGUGUGGGGCCGCCAGAUCCAGCAGCUGAACCGCGUCAGCCCUGCAGUGGCCACGGCAGUGACCUCCGCCUAUCCCUCCCCCCAGCUCCUGCUGCAGGCAUAUGAGAAGUUGGAUUCGGAGAAGGAGCGGCGUGCUCUUUUGGCUGAUCUCACGGUGAAAGGCAUGGUAAAGGAGAGACGCGUCGGCCCUGAGUUUUCAGCUCGUAUCUAUCGUGUCCUCACUACGGAGAAUACUCAGCUAGUGCUGGACUGAUGGCCAUGUUGUCUGAAUGGAGCUUUGUCCUUUAUAAUGUGAAUGAUUGACUUCUAACUGGAGAGGCAGCCAAAGGUGUUGGUCUGUCUGGGGGUAGAGAUGCCUAUUUUUUUACACUGCAGAUAAUGUUCUGGUUUUUUUAUGUAUGUGAAAUUAGGAAAGUUCAUUGAAAGAACUUCCAGCUGUAUCUAAAUAUUUGCUUUAGUAAUUUUAAAAUGCAAUAUGUAAUGUGUUGAAUUAAAGCAUAUGCGGAUAUUCUUUUCAAA